AGAGAGAGAAAUCCAAAGGGAAAAAAAGGAGCUAAAUAGAGAGAGAGAGAGAGAGAGAGUGACUGAUCUUAAAAAAUGGAGGGAGUAGAAGGACAAGGUUCAGGACCACCGGCGGCGAGUCGUUACACUCUACAACCAACUCGAUUAGCAAGCGAAGACAUACUGUUCUGUGUAGAUGUGGACAACGAAUCACUUGUUGAAAUGAAAGUUUCGGCUGCCGGCGGCCGACCGUACACCAGGUUAGACUCGAUUAAACAGGCAAUCCUUCUCUUCGUCAACGCCAAGCUCACUAUUAACCCAGAUCAUCGUUUCGCUUUUGCGGCUCUUGGCAAAUCCGCUUCUUGGGUUCGGAAAGAGUUUACUAGUGACAUUGACUCAGUAGUUUCUGCAUGUCGGGGUAUUGCAGUAGAUUCACCUUGUGGCCAUGCAGACCUUACUCAACUAUUUCGGGUGGCAGCUCAUGAAGCGAAAAAGUCACGUGCACAAAAUCGGAUACUCAGGGUGAUACUUCUAUAUUGUAGGUCAUCUAUACCACCACAGCAUCAAUGGCCUGCUACCCAAAAGCUCUUCACUUUGGACGUAGUUUACCUUCAUGACAAGCCCGGACCUGACAAUUGCCCUCAAAAGGUGUAUGAUGCCCUUGUUGAGGCCCUGGAACAUGUCAGUGAAUACGAGGGUUACAUAUUUGAGAGUGGUCAGGGGCUUACUCGUGUCCUAUUUCGUCAUAUGUGUACGCUUCUUUCCCACCCUCAGCAACGUUGCGUGCAAGAUGACCUUGACAUCCCCAAGUCCCUUACAAAGAAGUCAGCUACCUCUGACUCGGCACCAGCUGAAGAAAAUGCUGUUGUCGUCUCUAGCCAAUGAGAUUAUCUAGCCUAUGAGAUCAUAAACAGUUGACAAAUCAAACCAACUCUCCCUGGUUUCGUGUUUUAGUGUUCUAUGGGGACUAAUGUGGAUAGGUAAUCUGGUCAGAGCAUGUAACCCCCUACCCCCACCCCACCCCAACCCUCUCCCUUUCCACCUCUUUUUUCCUGUAUAGUAAUAUUUUUGUUGCCAGUCUUAAAUCAGUCUAUGAAUACAAACGGAUCAGUGUUGAUGAGCUGUGUCUUCUUUUUUCCAUUGCAAAA